AUGGUCCUCCCAAAGACAGUCCUCCUCGCUCUUCUCCCCUUCUUCCUACAAGUCGACGCCCAGGCUUCUGGCAAUGGAAAGACUACACGUUAUUGGGACUGCUGCAAGGCUUCCUGCGGGUGGCCUGGGAAGAUCAGCUUGGCCAGCGGCUCUAACCCGGUCAGUUCCUGUGAUGCCCACGACAGGCCGCUGAGCAACUACAAUGCCGUAUCGGGCUGCAAUAAUGGUGCCACAUACAUGUGCUCGAACCAGAGCCCUUGGGCCGUCUCCGAUACUCUCAGCUAUGGCUUUGCGGCUACAACGGUUGCGGGCGGAACGGAAUCCUCGUGGUGUUGUGCAUGUUACGAAUUAACUUUCACUUCUGGCCCUGUGCAAGGGAAGAAGAUGAUCGUACAAGCUACUAAUACCGGAGGUGAUCUGGGCUCCAACCAGUUCGAUCUUGCUAUUCCUGGUGGAGGCUUUGGUAUCUUUAACGGUUGCACCGCAGAAUGGGGAACUCCCUCAACAGGUUGGGGUGCUCAGUAUGGUGGCAUUUCUUCACGCUCUCAAUGUGAUGCCUUUCCCGCGGCCCUCAAAGCCGGCUGCUACUGGCGUUACGACUGGUUUAUGGGUGCAGAUAACCCCGCCAUCAGCUUCAAGCAAGUGGCUUGCCCGGCUGCUAUCACCGCCAAAUCUGGAUGUGUGAGAGCAAAUGAUGCUAUUAAUGAGACACCUACUGGCCCAGCCUCAGUGUCAACCUGGACUUCUGGCUCAGCUUCUGCAACGGCUGCUCCGGUAGUGGAUCCAGGAACUAAUACUGGGAAUGGAGAAACUGUUGGACAAUAUAAGCAGUGUGGCGGAGGUGAUUAUACAGGACCAACGGUCUGUGAGGCUCCAUACACGUGCAAAGCCUCGAACGAGUUUUACUCGCAGUGCUUGUGA